AUGGAGAUACAAUUGCAAAAUUUAGGAUCAGAUGAAUUUUCAGAAUAUACGUAUACGUACUUACUGAAUCAGAGAUUGGUUUUAUCAGAAGAAGAAAGCGUUGUUCUGCAUCCUUAUAAAGAAAGUUCUCAAAGGGCGCUUGUGUUAACCAUAUUAGAAAUUCUUUCUUUGGGACUUUUCAAAUUAUUCAUCCUAUGGUUUCCUCAAUGUAGGGUCAGUUGGACCAGUCAGUCAUGUGGGAUCAAAGAUAUAGAGUAUGUGGAAGUCAUUGAUCAAAAAGGGAAUAGCUCUCUUCAGAAGGUGUAUAAACGAUCGUUUCAAGAACCGAUCCCAGCCUCAAAUUCGCAAUUACCAACACAAAGAUCCAUUCCGUACUUCAACUAUAAAAGCUUAAAGAUAUAUUUAAACGUCGCAACGUUCAAAUGGGUUUUGCUCUCAUCGGAGGUACACGCUUUUCAGUUGUUCGCGUCUCAACCAAGUUAUCUCAAUUGGGGUCUCAAUACUCAAACAGUCUCUAACCUUCGACAAAUAUAUGGACAGAAUUUGUUGAAGCUAGAAAAGAAAACGAUAGCGAGCAUACUUUUCCAUGAGGUAUUGCAUCCUUUUUAUUUAUUCCAACUAUUUUCCGUCAUUCUUUGGCUUUUUGAUAGUUUUGUCUUUUAUUCCUGUUGUAUUUUUAUGAUUUCGUUAUGUAGCAUAUACUUUGCUAUUAAAGAAUCAAAAGCUUCUGAUGCCCGUAUACAUUCGAUCAUAGGCGAUUCUGAUACGUUUACCGUGAUUCGCGAUAAAAGAAAGAAGAAAUUAUUCGGAGAUGAAUUGGUAACUGGCGACCUUGUUUGCCUGACUAGCGACGACCGUAAAGUUUGCCCUGUUGAUGGUAUCCUACUUUCUGGUACUUGCAUGGUAGACGAGAGCAUGCUUACUGGAGAAUCCGUACCUGCAAAUAAAUGUGCUCUUAAAGACCUGUCCUUAAAAUCUUUCCUUAGUAACGCUGAUAACGUUUUUUCGCCCCACGUACUUCAUGCUGGAACAAAAUUUUUACAAAUAAAUAGCAGAAUGGAAAUGCCUUGCUAUGUUAUUGCUAUCCGGACGGGCUUUUCGUCCAGAAAGGGGCAGUUGAUUCGGGAUUUACUAUACCCUCAAGCAAGAGUUUCACAGUUGUACAAAGAUUCGAUGUCUUUUCUGAAAUUAAUGAUCAUCUUCUCUCUUUUUUCUGUUUUCUUCCUUGCUCUAUAUUUAUAUAGGCACAAGGCUCAUUUCAGUCAUAUCAUUCUUCGAUCAUUGGAUGUCGUUACCAUUCUAAUUCCUCCAGCAUUACCUGCUACCCUAUCCAUUGGAAUCGCAAAUGCUAUAUACAGGCUCUCUCAGAGAUGUAUAUUAACUUCAAAUCCGGAGUGCAUAUCCACCGCUGGAAAUACCGAUAUAUUUAUUUUUGACAAAACAGGUACUAUCACAGAAGAAAAUGUCCAGUUGUCUUGUACGUAUAUUAGAGAUAUACACAAUAAUUUGGAGAUUGCUCAAUGUGCUAACAAUUUUUUAACACCACAUUCAAUUAUUUCAAAAAUAAGCAUUUGCUGUCAAUCCUUACAAAUAAUUAAUGGAAGUAUUAUAGGUGAUCCUUUGGAACUAGCAUUGUUUGGAGUUUUUCAAGGACGCUUUAUAAAUUCAUCUGAACUUGAUAUUGGAAUGCGCAAUGCUUUAUUUACAGUAACAGAUGGACAAAAAAGCCAAGAAAGUGUGUAUACUGUAACAAGAUCUCUUGAAUUCGAUCCUGUCAUAAGGAGAAUGUCUGUCAUCGCUGUCGGUAAUAAUAAAAAACCCCCAAUGCUCUUUUCAAAAGGUGCGGCUGAAUCAAUCUUGAGCAUUUGUUCGCCAAAAACGAUUCCAGGAAAUUUUUUCCAUUUACUAGAGGUACUUUCGUCGAAAGGGUUUAGAGUAUUAGCAUGUGCCUGGAAGCCUCUCAAAACCGACACGGACUUGCAACAGAUAUCUCGUGGGUCACUAGAAAAGGACUUAAUUUUUGAAGGAUUAUUCGUCUUUGAAAGCAAAAUAAAAAAGGAAUCGCCUAGUGUGAUGAAUGUUCUUAAUAAAGCAAACAUUCACAUUGCCGUAUGCUCAGGUGAUAGUUUAUGGACUAGCGUGUACGUCGGUAGACAGUCCGAUGUUUUUGACUCCUCUUCGUUUGUUUAUGUUGAGGAUAACGAAGAAAAUUCUGAAUAUGUCCAGUCGAUCAACGACGAAGUAAAAUUCAAGCUUUACAACGUCAAGGAGGAUUGCUAUUUACCCACUGCAAAUCCUGUGAGCUUUAAUUGUAUUAUAAACGAUGAUAACGCAGCUAUGGCGAUAACUGGGGGAUUGUUACGAAAAUUAUCGGAGUGUCUUAAUGAAGAAAAAUUGAAAAGUAUUAUAAAGAAGACGAAAAUUUUGGCCCGGAUGUCCCCGAUUGAAAAACUUAAAUUUGUCGAGCUUUGUAGAAUGUUUCAAUUUAAUGUUGGGUUUUGUGGUGACGGAGCAAAUGAUUGUUUAGCUCUUAAACGUUCUGAUGUGAGUGUGUCUCUAUCGGAUACUGAGGCUUGUGCUGCUGCCUCAUUUAUAAGUCAAAAGAAGUCUAUUUUUGACACAAUUACAAUAGUAUUAGAAGGAAGGUGUUCCAUUGUCACCAGCUAUCGUUGUUUUCAAUACAUGGUAAUGAGUGCGGUUAUCCAAUUUUCGGGAACGUUUCUUUUAUACCUAAGGAACUAUAAUUACAAUGACUCGCAGUUUCUAUUUAUGGAUUUUGCAGUCGUUUUCCCUUUGUCUGCUGCAAUGAGCCAUUUUACACCAAGUGAUGCACUUACUUCCAACGCACCUUCCACAACUUUAUUUAAGAAAUCAAGCUUGAAUUUUUUAGGAAUACUUUCAGGAGUGAUUAUAUUGUCGCAAUGGCUACUGAAUGUGUUUUGUAUAAAGUUUGAUUCGACUGCUCUUCCAACAUGGCAGGCCGGAAAAUCAGAUACAGAAAACGCCUUAGUUUCUUGCUCAUUUUUAUUAACUUGCUUACAAUACAUUGGAGUAAAUCUUGUCAUCAAUCGGAAAUCCGAGUUCCUUACUCCUACAUGGAAAAACAAGACUUAUGUUGCGUCUUGUAUAAUUAUUGGGAUUGUUUGCCUCUUCAUGUGCUUUUUAACCAGCAAAGUUUGGGUUUCUAAAGUGUUACACAUUGUGUCCUUACCUAUAUCUUAUCGGUUCAUCGUCGUGUUUUUAGGUACAAGUCCGUUUUUAAUUCUUUAUUUUAUCCUCUAA